AUGGCUAUUGUUGAUACUGCCAUUGAUGGCAUCAAUUAUUUCUUAUCCUUAUCAUUAACUCAACAAAUCACCAUCUUGGUUGUUUUCCCAUUCAUCUACAACAUAGCAUGGCAAUUACUUUACUCCUUAAGAAAAGAUAGAGUUCCAAUGGUUUUCUACUGGAUCCCAUGGUUUGGUUCUGCUGCUAGUUAUGGUAUGCAACCAUACGAAUUCUUUGAAAAGUGCAGAUUGAAAUAUGGUGAUGUUUUUUCAUUUAUGUUAUUAGGUAAAGUUAUGACUGUUUAUUUGGGUCCAAAAGGUCACGAAUUCAUUUACAAUGCUAAAUUAUCCGAUGUUUCUGCUGAAGAAGCUUAUACCCAUUUGACUACUCCUGUUUUUGGUAAAGGUGUUAUUUAUGAUUGUCCAAACUCUAGAUUAAUGGAACAAAAGAAGUUUGCUAAAUUUGCUUUGACUACUGAUUCUUUCAAAACCUAUGUUCCAAAGAUCAGAGAAGAAGUUUUGAAUUAUUUUGUUAACGAUGUUAGUUUCAAAACCAAGGAAAGAGACCAUGGUGUUGCUAGUGUUAUGAAAACUCAACCAGAAAUCACUAUUUUCACUGCUUCUCGUUGUUUAUUUGGUGAUGAAAUGAGAAAGAGUUUCGACAGAUCAUUUGCUCAAUUGUAUGCUGACUUGGAUAAAGGUUUCACCCCAAUCAACUUUGUUUUCCCAAACUUGCCAUUACCUCAUUACUGGAGACGUGACGCUGCUCAAAGAAAGAUAUCUGCUCAUUACAUGAAGGAAAUUAAGAGAAGAAGAGAAAGCGGUGAUAUUGAUCCAAAGAGAGAUUUGAUUGAUUCCUUGUUGGUUAACUCUACUUAUAAAGAUGGUGUUAAAAUGACUGAUCAAGAAAUUGCUAACCUUUUAAUUGGUGUUUUGAUGGGUGGUCAACAUACUUCUGCUUCCACUUCUGCCUGGUUCUUGUUGCAUUUGGCUGAACAACCACAAUUACAAGAUGAUCUUUACGAAGAAUUGACCAACUUGUUGAAAGAAAAGGGUGGUGACUUGAACGAUUUGACUUACGAAGACUUGCAAAAAUUACCAUUGGUUAACAACACUAUUAAAGAAACUUUGAGAAUGCACAUGCCAUUGCAUUCUAUUUUCAGAAAAGUUAUGAACCCAUUGAGAGUCCCAAAUACCAAAUAUGUUAUUCCAAAAGGUCACUAUGUCUUAGUUUCUGCCGGUUAUGCUCAUACCAGUGAUAGAUGGUUUGAACACCCAGAACAUUUCAACCCAAGAAGAUGGGAAUCUGAUGAUACCAAGGCUAGUGCUGUUUCUUUCAAUUCUGAAGAUACUGUUGAUUAUGGUUUCGGUAAAAUUUCCAAAGGUGUCUCCUCUCCAUACUUGCCAUUCGGUGGUGGUAGACACAGAUGUAUUGGUGAACAAUUUGCUUAUGUUCAAUUGGGAACUAUUUUGACCACUUAUAUCUACAACUUCAAAUGGAGAUUAAACGGUGAUAAGGUUCCAGAUGUUGAUUACCAAUCCAUGGUUACCUUACCAUUAGAACCUGCUGAAAUCGUUUGGGAAAAGAGAGAUACUUGUAUGGUUUAG